AUGGGAAUAGUAAGAGCUCUUGUGUCCUUGGGUGUGAUUUUGUUUCUUCUUUUAGUUAUCUUACCGUACUCUGCAUCAAGGGUUUUAUCAACUGAAAAGGUCAAGAUUUUGCGGUUUCCCGGUAAAAACACACAUCAAAUUUACAGAAAUGUGAAUCCAUUUUACGUUAGCAAGCGAAAAGUUCCCAAUGGACCUGAUCCUAUUCAUAACAGGUACAUAUCUUUUUCUCAGGAGAGCAGAGACAUCAAGACGAUCACCACGAGUUCGAUGAAACUGCACAAGCCUAUUAACAGUUGAGUAUAAACCGCCUGAUCGAUUAAGAUUUCGUAUCAUGAAGCUAUUUGUUUCUGAGGAAAAGCUAUAAAUGCUAUGAAGUGACUCCAUAGACACAAUCGGGAGAUUGUUAUAGCGGAUGAGCUUGAAGAUUCUUGAGUUUUUUUUUUUUUGGUCAAAGAAGAUUCUUCAGUUUAUAUGUGUGGAAGCCUUGCUCUGUGUUUUUAGUUUGUAAUCUUGUUUCUGAACAGAGGAGAUGAAUUUGAGGCAGAGAUACUAAGAGAAUUAUAGGUUUUGUAUUUAAGUAGUUGAUUUGUUAUCUAUUUUUUUAGUUUUUCCAGUUAACAUGUCCAUCUUUUUAUGACUGAUAAAUUAAUAUGUUUAACUA